GAUCAGAACUGCUCCCAUAGCAACGGUCUGUUAUACAUAGCAACGGUCUGCUAUAAAGAAAUAACAAACCGUAAAACGCUGUGAUUGACCAAUCAGAAUCGAGUAUUCAACAAAGCCGUGUAAUAAUAACUGAUAAUAACAGUUUUUACUAUUCCAGAUAUUUCAUCACGUUAAUGCAAGUAUAAAAAUCCAGUGUUGCCAUAAACAAGUCCCGCUCAUUGAUUUGCAACCCUGCCACGAUGUCCUAAUACCAGCAUAGGUAUAUUAAAGGGACAGCUGCCACAACUAAAACUUUAUUAAAAAAAAAAUCUAUGACUGUUAUGACUUCACUGCCUGUAUACAAUGUCAUUUCAACUGUACUUGAAGCUGGGGGUAAUUUGAUAAGCUUAUUUCUAAACCAACACAGUGAAGUGUUGGUUGUAUUUCAUACAUUUUCUAUAAAGCAAACUGUAUUUUAUUAUCUUUACACAUGGAGAACAUUUGUAUACUACUUUUUUCAUACAUACCAUACAGUCAUAUGGGUUGCUGUUGCUGUUGUGUGAACACCUUGUAUUUCCAAAAUACAAAAAUAUAAUGUUUUUUGACAAGGUAAAUAAUAUAAUAAAAUAAAAUAAUAAAUAUUGAAUAAUAAUAACAAUCAUAAUAUUUUGGACACUAUAAGGGUUUUGCAAGGGUCUAAAAUUGUCCUAAUUUAUGUCGUUAAUCUUUCAAUUUAAAUGACUAAGAUUGGAUUUCUGAGGUUUUUACAUGACAAAAAGGGCUAUCUAAAUGUGUGUUUUGGGGUGUUUCGUUGUCACCGCUGCUACUACUGGAACCUAUUUGAAGGACUUUGAAUGUAGCUCUCCUUUUAUAAUCUUUGUGUUUUGUUACUGACUGCGAAACAGCUGUUUUAGACCACUUGACAGGUUUUUAUCAAGAUAAUAUUGAUGGUGCAAAACAAGUUCAAGUCGAGGGUUGAUUCCUUACAUGUCGACUAAGAAUUGUUAGUACAUAUUUAACGACAGGUGACGUCUUUAGGUACAAAACAAGUUAGGUAGUUUUACUCGCUCAUCCAGUGUUUGUUUAGCUUGUUUGAAUGUCCCAUGUGCCAAACGUCUCUGUUUACUUCAGUAUCAGCGUGCACAUAGACAAUCCUCAUCAUUCAACACUAGACUGUUUGUUUAUGUUCUUUUUAAAUCUUUUCGGGUGUCCUAAAAGUGAAUUCAAGUUGUUUUUUACGUGUUAAUGUAUUUUCACACUUUCAGCGUCUUUCAGUUCAUUGUUUGUUUCUGUGUUCUCGUUUGCCAACAAAACUGCUGAAACCAAAAGUCAAGGUCACUACUGGUUGUUAAUAUUUUACCUCAUUUGCCAUGUGCAAUCAUUAAAGUGGUGACAAUGUUGUAUUUUAAUUUGUGCUUUUUUUGUUUUUUACACUUCAUGAUACAGACUGAUCUGAUUUAUUAUGAUGACUUAUAGCUCAGUUUUUCUAUUUUUUUUUAUUUUUAUUUUUUACAGUAAAGUAACUUAAUUUGAAAAUAGGAAUACUAUAAAGCUUAAUUGUUAAACUGACAGCUUUCAAUAUGAGUUGUUUGUAUGGAAUGAUUAUGUUACUACGGUAUGCCUUUAAAAUGUUAUGUAACCCUGUAGGAGGGGUUACAAAGUAUUUCAACAGUGAACCUUUGCUCUGUGCCAACUUUCGGUUGUGUGUCUUCUUAAGUUAACAAGUGGUUAACAGCUUUGUCCUGAAGUAUGUCUCCGCACUAGAAGCAGCCGGUUGAAGGGGAUAUGAGAACUUUAGUUUGACAGACACUAUGGGUUUGUUCAAGUACUCCCGCGUGGACUUCCUCUUCAUUUGUGUGGGUCUGCUGUUCCUGCUGCUCGACAUAGUGCUGGACAUAUAUGCCGUUGUGACUUUCUACCAGGAAAAAGCCUACGUGAGCCUCGGUAUUCUGGUGCUGCUCCUCCUGGGCUCGUCCUUUCUCGUUCAGGCAUUCAGCUGGCUCUGGUACAGCGACGAGGGCUCCGAGAGGCAGACAAAGGUCGAGAAAUGCCUGAGCAGGAGCCAGCUCGCGCUUCUUCAUGUGCUCCAGCUGGGAAUCUACUUCAGGCAUGCAGGUGUCGUGGAGAUCUCUUUAUGCAGCUCCUACUCGAAGAUCCCUGACCGCGAGGGCACCGCGGUGUUCCUGAACCACGACCUGAGCAUGCUGCGGCUCGUGGAGACGUUUUCGGAGAGCUCCCCUCAGCUCGUCCUCAUGCUCACCAUCAUCCUGCAGAGCGGCGAGCUCAGCCCUGUGACAGUGUUGAAGGCCCUGGGGUCGGCCUCAGCCAUCGCCUUCAGUGUGACCAUGUACCACCGCUCCCUUCGCUCCUUCCUGCCAUACAAGGAGAAGCAGCAGAUGAUCUCAUCGGUGGUCUACUUUCUCUGGAACCUGUUCCUCAUCUCGUCUCGCCUCGUCGCCCUCGCCCUCUUCGCCUCCGUGCUGCCCUGCUUCAUCUUCACCCACUUCUUUUGCUCUUGGAUGGUUCUGUUCUUCUUCGUCUGGCGAUCCAAGACGGACUUCAUGGAGGACCCCAGCGUAGAAUGGCUCUACCAGGCCACCGUGGGCCUCAUUUGGUAUUUCGACUGGUUCAAUGUGGUGAAGGGGAGGACGAGGAACAGGACUCUGCUCUAUCACGGCUACAUGCUGGUUGACAUUUCUCUCCUCUGCGGUUUGUGGUGCUGGAAGAUGAUCACGGAACCGCCUUAUUUCGAAAUUCCACUCUUGUAUGCUGUAAUCACUGCUGUCAGUGUUGUUGCCGUUUACAUCUUUGGUCUCUUAUUUAAAAUUAUAUAUUAUAAGUGCUACCAUCCAAACCUGGACAAGGAGGAGUUGAAAGGGGACGCCACUGAAAAGCUCCCCGUUGGACAGGGACCGACUAGGAGUAAAACAUUUUCUGGAGAUGAGACAGACUCUUCUAUGCCCUCACUCAGGGUCAUAUCUGAUUCAUACGACAUAGAUAUAGAGGUUACAGAUCGCAGCUUGCCCAGCCCACCAGCACCCGACCGCAAACACGUUAAUAAAAGAAUGAGGAAGUUGGCCGAGAACUUCUACUCCUGACCUGCAUCACUUGACACCCACCAGACAUGAGGAGGUUACACUGAGUCAUGCAGACUUGACUGUCAUGACCUGCUCCCAGAUUAUGUCUUCACUGUAUUAACUGCUUUUCAAGUCUGCAAAAAUGCCCAUAUGAACAUUUAAAUAGUUUUUUUGUCUCUGUAACCGUUCCUCCUGCUGGUACUAAUUAUCACUAUUCCAGUGGAAGAAAUGGGGACAAAACAUACAGUCGUAUUUCUGUGUAAAGAUGCAUUCCAAUGUUCAAGGGACGUUAUAUCGACUUAUCGUACGAUACACGGACAUGACCUGUCAUUUGUUUUUAUAUAUUUAGUGGUUAUUUUGGUUGUUUGGUUUUAUUUCAUUUAUGUUAUUUAUUUAGAAUAUUUUUCAUAAUAUAUUUUUCACAUCCCAAUUCCAAUGUCUGAAUAUUCUUAAGAAUUAAAAUUUGUAUAGUCUUUGAAA